GUUGGUGACUAUCAGACGCGAGUUGGACUGGACCUCUAUCUGUUCAUGAGUCUAAAGGCAGGUUUCUGUGUCAUGGAGAGAUGACUACAGCCAUAUUUUCAGCGAUAAAUAUCCUCACGAAACCUCUCGGAGAGUCUGUCCGUGAUGCCCAGUCGUCCCAGCAGGAGGCGCUCCUGGCAGCACUGCAGGCCAACAGAGCCCUUCUCCUGCAGCAGCUCCACAGUGAGAAGAGCUUUGAGGAAGUGAGGAGGCUCCGAGAUGAGGCGAUGUCCGAGGCACACUGGUUCUCCAAUAACACAGAGGACCCAACAUGGGCGUUUGUUCAGGAAUGUCUCCUCCUGUUGCUCACCUUAACACGACACAUUUCUUCUGAGCUGGAGCUGUUCAACCAAAGCCCUGCUCCACCCACCAAAGCUCGUACACCUGAGGCAGCUCCGCCUCUACCUCCUGAUGUCCUUAGUGUUUCUCAGCAGAAAACGCUUGGAGGUGCCCUACAGUUUGUGGUCUCCCUGGGGCUGUGUCCCUACCUGGCUCUGGGGGUCGGGGUGCCACUGGGUCGAAGGUCAGCCUUUGGGGCCAUGGUAGAAAAGGUGGUCCACGGUGGCAGACUGCAGGGAGCCGGACGGCGUCUUCUGACCACCACAAACGUCCUAUUGCAGAUGGCAGAGUUGUCGUCACUGGCCACGCUAGUGUUCACUCGGCAUCUGGGGGAUGUGAUGGCAGCUCUGAGUCAGCUUGGAUUUCAGCCACAAAGAGCAGACAGAGGAGGCACCGAGGAAAUGGAGCUGAAUGUGGAGGAGCGUCGAACAUGCAGGGAGGCCCUCAGGAGCAUUCUGGGAAAAGUCUAUCAGCCAAUAGUUAUCAAGGAGCUGCUGAUCCUCCAAGGUGGACCCAAGCAGUCUGGUCCAGCAGGAGGCUCUGGGGGCUCCAGUAGGGCAGGUCUGGGAUCAGCUCCGGCCUGGCUGAGGCGUCUGUGUGGUCAGCUUCUGUCUGAGCGCCUCAUGCAGCCUCAGGGCGUCCAUGCUGUUGUCCGAGCAAUCCUGGAAGGAGGAGCAGGGGGCGACUCAGACUGGAGGAAAUGUGACAGUGUGGCCAGAAUCCUGGUGGCCUGUCCUCAACAGUCUACCUCAGAGGACAGCUACUACAGACAAGUGUGUCCUCAGAUCCUUGACCUCUUGCAUUUCAAAGACAAACUGACCGCCCUGCAGUUUCAACGUGUGGCCACCAGGGCGGUGCUCUCGAUGGUGCAGGAAAAGCUCAGUUUUGCUCAGCAGUACCUGCUCAGUCCUCUGCUUGCACCGCUCCAGCGCUGCAGCGCUGCCUCCGAUGUGGCUCCUUCCCAAGAUGCAGUGGAGGAGUGGGAACUGACCCGCUGUGUGGAGGAUGUGUACAAGGUCUGGGUGGUCGGGAACAGUCCAUCAACUUCUCUCCUCAGAGCUUUGGAAGAUGUUCUACCUGUCGUCUUCACACUCUUCUGUUUUACCAAGCAGUCUGUCUCACACCUACGCGCCCCCUGUCAGGAGGUUUUACUGUGGUACCUGAGCCACUCAGACACAGGUCCAGCUCUGUCGGUACUGAAGCAGCUCUCAGGCCUUCAGGUCCAGAAGAACGACGUCCCAGCUGACUUCCACUUCAGGCCCGGCAGUGAUGGAGGCGUUCGACUGAGCUCCAGACAGAACUGCAGUGAUGAGGAUGAUGCUCUGUAUGAGAAGCUGUCAGGGGAGCAGUGGAGGCUGGAGUGUGUGAUGCAUCUGCUGGCUGAGCUCAGAGACAGCGACCUGCCUGGACACUUAUUCCUGGACCUUUUACAGGAGCUGACCGGCUGGGCGGCGGCGGAUGAGGAGGACAAGGAUGAAGGUGAGCUGGAUGUGUCAUCCAUGACAUUGCUGGAGGUGGAGCAGCAGCUGACGGGCGACGCUGAGAGGCGAGGCCGUCGAUUGGCUCUGCUUCAGGCGCUGGCGAUGAUGGUUGAGUCUCUGCCGCACACGAUACUGCUGAGGAAAACAGCACAGGUGGUCGGCUUCAUUGUGACAUUGCUACAGAGAGCCUGUGUGAGCCUGAAUAAGGCCCAUGGUCCUGAUGAUGAGAACCCAAUAGAGAGUCAGACGCUGAAUGGAAUGGGUCUGGUGGCCACCAUUCUGUCUGGACCUCAGCUCAGUUCAGACGACUAUCGUUGUAUGUCAAGGCUGCUCUCACCGUUACAGACUUUAUCUGAGGAGCACCCUGAGGUGUUCAUUCAGGAACUGGCUUCAAACCUCAGAGUGGUAAUUGCCACGCAUGGUGCCUACAUGCCUGAUGACCUCACUGCUGCCGCCGCUGCUGCUGCUCCACACUCCCAAAAGUCUGAACCAGCAGAAAACACCACCAGUGUACAUUGUAAGAAAAAACAAAAGAUUCAGACUGAGGUCUGUGAUCCACCUCAGUCUUCUUCUGAUGUAAACACACCCAGUAAUACUAACUCGAAGCCAGCAUCUGCUGCACCUGGAGGAAAAGGUGGAGUGAGGAGUUCAGGUACUGCUGCCUCUUGCCCUGCUACCAAGCCCUUCUCUGAUUGGCUACUAGAGGCAUGUGACCCGGAUGUUCCAACAAAAGCAUUUGCUCUUAGAGGCCUGACUCAGAUGGUGCAAAAUGGAAACCCAGAGGCUGUCCAGGCACAGGAGAAGGUCCUCAUGCUCUUUUUAGAAAACCUGGAGCAUGAAGACUCGUUCAUCUACCUUUCAGCUAUUCAAGGUUUGGCUGCUCUGGCUGAUUCCUACCCCGAGAGGAUCCUGGACCGACUGCUCAAAGACUUCCAACAUGGCCCCUCCCUCUCCACGUCAGACCAGGAGCGCUCUCUGGAGACCCGGCUUAAAGUGGGAGAGGUCCUGAUGAGGGCGAGCAGAGCGAUGGGGGAGCUGGCGCCCCACCUGGGCCGUCCCCUGGUGGGCGUCUUCCUGCGUGGGACCAGGGACCCGGACCAGAGCGUGAGGACCAGCAGUCUGUCCAACCUGGGUGAACUCUGUCAGAGACUGGACUACGCACUGGGUCCCCUGGUUCAGGAGCUGAGUUCAUGUCUGACGGCUCUGAUAAAGACAGAGAAGGAGGUGGAGGUGAGGAGGGCGGCCGUCCACGUCAUCACGCUGCUGCUGCGAGGCCUCAGCGACAAAACCACACAGGUUCUCAGUGAUGUUCUGUUGGAGCUGUACCGGGCCUUGAAGUGGGUGGUGCGUUCUGACUCAGAUGACGUGGCCGUGCUCCACGCCCAGCUUGCCUUGGAAGAGCUUGAUGACGUCAUGAGGAGAUUCAUCUUCCCUGAGCAAAAACUGGAGAAGAAGAUCGUCGUCCUGCCGUAGAGCGUCGGUGUCUGUGGACGGUACUAUUUCUGCCUCCGUCUGAUGUGGAUGAUACUUCAGUAAUAUGGACCUAACAGUCAAACAUCAACAAUGACACACACUGGAGAUCUGGACUCAGAACCGCCAUUAGUCCAUUCAUAAAAUAAAGGUCUAAAAUAAAUCUCCUGAAAUCUGGUUUUACAGCAGUGGAGUCAAACUCAUAUUAGUUCAUGUUCCACAUUCAGACCAAUAGGAUCUAAAGUGGAUCAGACCAGUAAAAUAAUGACAGAAUAACCUGUAAAUGAUGACAACUCAAAGUUUUUCUCAAAAAAAAAAAAAACAUUACAUUUUGCAAAUAGUAACAUCUACACACUAUCCAAC